AUGGAUCUGGGUUCAAGUUCAAGUUCAAGUUCAAGUUCAAAUCCAACCAAUAAAUGCUUCACUUUGGAACAACAACGACUUUCGGGAUCAAAGCUUGAAGAAAUUCUUUUUACGUAUAUCUUUCCACCUAUCUGCAUAUUUGGCAUUAUCGGCAAUACCUUAAAUCUUAUUGUUUUCUUUGGUUCAACUAUGAAGUCAAGGUUUGCUAUUAACAUUCACCUUACCAGGGCCAAAAUUUUACUCUCUUGUUUGGCGGUUUGCGAUAUUUGCUUUCUACUCCUAAUGGUGCCUCAUUCAAUGGCAAACUUUUCUUCCUUUGCUCAAAGUUAUUUAUUUCGAUGGUUUUAUUUAACAACCAAAAUUCAUCUUAUAACAUUUGCUAAUUGGAAUUCCGCCAUUGCUACGUGGUAA